CUCCAACGGUCACGCGUGAGAGUGAGAGUGUUUCUAUAAUAACUUCGAAGCACCCCUCUUCUACUUUUCCACUUCUAACCCUAAGCCGCCUCCGCUCACAUAAAAGCCUUUUACCCUAACAUCUCUUCACUCGUUGAAUUUUCAACUACUCUCUUCUUCUUCUUCUUCUUAAAUCUUCUCCAAUCAUAUUCUUAUCUUCUCUCCAGACCAUUCGUUUUCUUCUGCACUUCUCUUGCUUUGCUUCAAUUUUUCUCCCAGAUGGACGUUGCAGUACUUCAUCCGCAGGAUUUUCUCGCAAACAAACCACCCAACCAUUACCAAACCAUACCCCCAAACUUUCCCAACAUGAAACUCUCCAACCCUAACCCUAAGUUCCAGCGGAGUUCCCGAAGCCGCAAGAAGCGGGCCGAUCCAGUCCCACAAGACGCCCGCGGCCCGGCCCAACACGCCAAGCCUCAGAAACACCACCCGCAGCAGCUUGUCAUGGGCCAGGUCAAAAUCCUGAAACGAGGCGAGCUACUUGCUCAAAAGACGCCGGAUCUACAACCGCCGUCGGAAUCCGUCCAGAACGAGGUAACCACCCAGACGAAGACCGUGGAUAUAAGUUUCGACGUCACCAACAGCACAACCAUGAACCACUACAGAAACCUUUAUUAGCCACCACUUCCUCGC